ACUAAUCAAUGUACAGUCAAAACCUACAAAGUAAGAAACGAAGCUGUCCGCAAAACUGAGAAAUGCGGCGCUCCAUUCCUCCAAUGUCGCCAUUGUUAAAGUUCAGGAGCUUUCCGUUUCUUUCUCACUCUCACUCUCACUCUCGCUUUCAUUCUUCCUUUCAGAAUGCUGAUGAUGCCGUCUCACACUUCAACCGCAUGCUCCAAAUGCAACCUACCCCUUCCAUCAUCGAAUUCAACAAGAUUUUAACUUCUCUUGUUAAGACCAAGAAGCAUUACCCCACCGCCAUUUCACUUUCUCACCAAAUGGAACUUAAGGGAAUUGCGCCAAACAUUGUUACUCUCAGCAUCUUGAUCAAUUGUUACUGCAAUCUAGGUCGAAUCACCUCUGCAUUUUCUGUAUUGGCCAACAUUCUCAAGAGAGGUUUUCAGCCUGAUACCAUCACCUUCACUACUCUUAUCAAAGGUCUCUGUCUUCGCGGCAAGGUUCAGCGAGCCCUCCAAUUUCAUGACGAUGUGAUAGCACAGGGAUUUCGGUUGGAUCAAGUCAGUUACGGAACCUUGAUCAAUGGCCUAUGUAAAAUAGGGGAAACAAGUGCUGCUUUGGAGUUGCUUAGGCGGAUUCAAGGGCGAGGGAUUAAACCUGAUGUGGUAAUGUACAGCAUCAUCAUUGAUAGCCUGUGUAAAGAUAAACUUGUAAGUGAUGCUUGCAAUUUAUAUUCUGAAAUGAUUGUCAAGGGAAUAUCUCCUGAUGUUGUCACGUACAAUGCUUUAAUAUAUGGCUUUUGCAUUGUUGGUCAAUUGAAACAAGCAAUUGGGUUGCUAGAUGAAAUGGUAUUGAAAAACAUAGACCCAGAUGUUUAUACUUAUAAUAUAUUGGUCGAUGCUUUAGGUAAGGAAGGGAAGGUGAGAGAAGCUAAGAACAUGUUAGCUGUGAUGAUUAAACAAGGUGUGAAACCUGAUGUUGUUACUUAUAGUUCCUUGAUGGAUGGGUAUUGCCUAGUUAAUGAAGUGAAUAAAGCCCAAGAUGUAUUCAAUGCUAUGGCUCAGAGGGGAGUGACUCCUAAUGUUCAGAGCUACAGUAUUAUGAUCAACGGAUUAUGUAAGAUUAAAAUGGUGGAUGGAGCGCUAAAUCUCCUUGCAGAAAUGGAUUCCAAAAAGAUUAUUCCUGAUAUAGUGACUUACAAUUCUCUUAUUGAUGGUUUAUGCAAAUCGGGGAGAGUCUCUCAUGCUUGGAAGCUUCUUGAUCAGAUGCAUGUUAGAGGUCAACCAGCCAAUAUAAUCACCUACAGUUCUUUAUUGGACGCUUUAUGCAAAAGCCAUCAUGUUGACCAAGCAAUUGCACUAAUCAAGAAAAUUAAAGACCUGGGUAUUCAGCCUGAUGUGUGGACGUACAAUAUACUUCUGGGUGGACUGUGCGAAGGUGGAAGAUUGAAGGAUGCACAAGAGAUUUUUCAGGAUCUUUUGAGAAAAGGCUAUCAUAUAGAUGUCCUUACUUAUACUGUUAUGAUCAAUGGGCUUUGUAAAGAAGGCUUGUUUGAUGAAGCGUUGGCCUUACUGUCAAAAAUGGAAAAUGAGGGAUGUAUUCCAAAUGCUAUAACUUUUGAAACAAUUAUUUAUUCACUCUUUGAAAACGGUGAGAAUGACAAGGCUGAGAAACUUCUUCGUGAAAUGAUUGCUAGAGGUCUACUGGAAAAAAUUUAGAUACACAUGGAAAAGGAUGAUGGACUACACAAUGGGCUCACUUUCUCCAUAGCUAAAAACCAUGUGUUCUUACUUGUUAGGUACAUUUUGAUAUUGUAACAAUAACAAUGAUUGAUUUGUUCAUUAUGAGUAUUGACAUAACUAUCCUUUUGGUAAGAGAAGCUUUGUUGCAGUGGUUUGAGUUGCUUUAGUGUGACUAGGAGGCCACAUAUUCAAUAGAACCAACCAAUCCCAAAUGCAAUGUAAGGAGGCUGCCUAUAUAGACGCACAAAUAACCAUCAUUGUUUUUCCUCAAUGUACUGUCAAUGUACUUCAUCGACUUUAUGAGGUUUUUUUCAGUCAGUGCUCAUUGUUAAUGCUUCUGAUUGAAAACAAAGCUCAAACAGGCAUGAUUAUUUGGAACCAGAAAUGAUUAUAGUUGAUUUUAUUCCCCAAAUUAGAUACUAGAAGUUAGAACUUGAUAUUUCUUUUGCAGUAUAUUUCUUGUAUAUAUUUUAUAGAAUGGGAACAAAAAAAGUAAACAUCAAGUUUAUUGUUUUAGUAAUAGUGUCGACUAUUGACUGAUGAAAAAAGUGCUGCCAUCAUCUGAUGUAAAUCCUGAUGCGGCUAUAACAGCUCUCAUAUGGUGCAUAAAGAUUGUUCAUUCAAAUCACACAAUUCAAUGGUAAAAUUAAUUUGGGGGGAGGUUCUAAUUAAUUUAUUAUAUCCAUAAAAUACGUCCCGUACCAGGUUUUCAUUAAGACCAAACUGACAGUUUGGCGAUAGUGAAAAUAAGCCAUUUGGAAAUGGAUUAGAUUCCAUAUAUUUGUACUUUUUAAAGGUAUCUGAAUCAGAAUUUGUAGCAUUAUGCAUUUUGUCCCUUUUCUUUAUUUUACCUGUUUUAAACUUGCUAUUUUCUUACUAAGCUGCAUAACAGUAUAUCAGAAUCACUGGCUGAAGCUUCCUUCCGUCCACUAUACUUAUGAUAAUUAGCAAGUAAAUUUAAGUUCUUGACUUGGAGGGCCUAGAUGGCUUAUUAUUGCAUGGAUUGGCAGCAUUUGUUUUAAAAAGAAGGGUCUUCCAGAGAUAUGCUCUU